UCACGCUAGCUUGCUUCCUCGGUUAGGCGCCUCCUCCUCCAUAAAACCCUCCUUUCUCCCAAGCCCAGCCACCCACACCGGCGAGCGCGAGCAAGGCACCGCGAUCUGCGAGCUAGUUACAGGCGACUCGCAGGGAGAGGAAGCGCAUGAUCUAUGGGCAACUCGUGUGCUACUGGUGGCAAUUCUGUUUUGCUAGAAACCCACGAACCGGAUUUCAAAUGGAAGAUUCAUGGCUUCUCAGCUCAUCUCUUGAAGGGAGCUAUAUCAUCCUACUCUUCGUGGUUUGAUUGCUGUGGAUACAAGUGGUACUUGGUAGUGAAUCCAAGCCAUAAAAUAGUAGGUGCUGGAACUCCACAGGUUGCUGUUUGUCUUGGGCUAGUGCGAACCGGUUUGAAGCCAGAUCACUUCAUCAGUGCAGUGUUCGAGUUGUCAAUGUACAACCACUCAAAUGGAACAUAUUGUGGACGCAAAGCCAGCUAUGUAUUCCAUGUCAAGAACUUGCAGUCGGACAGGAAAUGCUUGAUUCCUCUUGCAGAACUGCUCAACUCGUGUGAGUUUCUGGUUGAUGACAGCUGUGUAUUUGGUGUGAAAAUACUGGAUGCAAAGGUCCAUUCUCUUAAAAUGAAGCCUUCUCCUGUUGUGCUUCAAAACAAGCCUAUCACAACUCAGAACCUUUUCCUCCAUAAAGAGGCGUUCAUCGAAGGGACCUACACCUGGAACAUGACUGACUUCCUUGACUUGGCGUUGAAGCCAUCAGUUCUUUCACCUGGGUUCGAAGUAGGCGGGUAUAAAUGGCACAUCAAGAUGUAUCCGCGGGGCAACGAGGUCAGCACCAGAUCAAUGUCCUUGUACUUGUACCUGCAGGAUGAGCUCCCUCGUGAGUCUGGGCCAAUGAUUGAACUCACACUAACCAUCCUGAACCAAAUUUAUGUAGGGGAAUGCUACAACUACAAACUUCAAGGCCGAUUCGUGUUUGCUAGUAUGACUAGCUACGGAUGGUCCAACUUUAUCCCGCACAAAACUCUCAAGAGCAAGUCCGGUGGCUAUCUUGUAGGAUCGAACUGCAUAGUCAAGGCAGAUAUCUCCAUCAUUGGGUUAUCAAGUGAGGCUUCAGCGGGUAUGGCCUGAUGAAGAAGCGAUGCCCUUGCAUCCUACUGAUUGGUAUCUGAGUAUGUUAUGGCAGCAGUACUAAGAACCCCUUUGAUGAACUUGAUUUAUUAGUAAGAAUGAUGUGGUCAUUGCACUGGCAUAGAGAAAACUGGAUUGAUGGUUGGCAUAGUUUGUAGGUAUUGAGAGUGAUGUGUUGUUUCGCAGUACUCCAAUGUCCACGAUCACGUGGAUAAUAUAUGACUCCUGUUGCUAUAACUUUAUAUAUUGGAGACCACUCCGCAAGUUAAUCAUGUGGUUCCUAUA